AUGGUUGGAAGCAAGCGCACGAGGAGUAAAACCGCCGCGAUGACUAAAUCCACGACGGCCCAAAGCCACUCCACCCACGAUCCUGCAAUCGACAUGGUGGCACCACCACCUCUCACCACCGUGCCACCGACCAGACCUGCAGUCGGAUCUAGCAACCUCCGUGGCACCGCCAUCGAGCAUAGUGGAACCUCCCAUCAAGGUGGGCUCGUUACCACCACUGACUUAGGCCCGGUCUUGGAGCAACUUCAAGCAUUCCCUCCAUUGCCUCCACGCUCGAUGCACGCUCCUGCAUACACCUCCAAUGAAACCCUAGCCCGAGUGCAAUUGGGCUCCACACACUUCUCUCCUCCCGAUCCACGAAGUCAAGCAGAUCUUAAUCUGAGAGUUGACCAGCUAGCUCAGAGGAUGGACGACCAAACCAAUCUGGUGAGGCAGCUUCUCAAUCAAAUAAACUUGGUUCAAAACCUUGGCCUUGGACAGCCGGGCAAAGAGAGAAGGAUGGAUGAACGCGUCGAUCGGCAGCUCGAUAGGUACCAAGUAGGUCGAGCAAGAGUAAGCAGACAAGGAGAUGCACAACCACGUGGUCAGCUUGCCGACAUGUCACGAGCAUCUGCAAGCCACACACAAAGCAACGUGCGAGAAAGGCUCGGCCCACGACUUGAAGUCCGUGCUCGCCUGGGCCCGCAGGGAAAUGUACUUCAAAGGCUAGGCUCCCAGGGAGGUCAAAUUGGCAAUCGCUGUAAUGAGGAUCGUGAAGAGAGGCGCUCCGCUACCCACUCGCAGAGAAAUAUUCACGAAAGGCUAGGCCCCCAGGGAGGUCAACCCGGCAACCCUCGCAAUGAGGAUCGUGAAGAGAGGCAUUCCAUUGCCCGCUCUCGGAGAACCAAUUCUCGCUGUCAAGCUGCAGAAAAUCCCUCGCAAACACAGUCCACCAACACGCCUCCUAGGCAGCUCAGACGAGAGGACCGACCCUUGCGGACCAACGAGGAGGUCAAUCAGCGUCGCCCGAAUCACAAAAGUCGCCAACGUGAUCGACCAGCAAUGUGCGCGGAAGAUGUUGAGAAACUUGUGAAUGACCGACUUCGAGACUUGAAGACUGGCGGGAACCUCGAGGAUGCACUACGUAAGGAGAUGGACCAGGCGAUCUCUACUCCUUUCACCCUUGAAAUCGAGCAGGCUCCUCCCCCGAAGCGAUUCUCAACGCCUUCGUUUACGCAUUUCAAGGGAGAUUCCGAUCCCGAGAGCCACCUAAAACACUUCAAAAGUGUCAUGAUCCUCCACAAGGCCGACGACGCACUGAUGUACAAGGCGUUUGCAAUGACCUUGCGAGGAGCAGCUCAGGACUGGUUUCACACCAUGCCAUCUGGGUCAAUCAACAGUUUCAAGAAGCUUGCCUAUGUCUUCACUAAAGAAUACACUUCUUAUCGGACGAUCAAGAAGAACCCAGAUCAUUUGUUCAACCUGUGCAAGAAGCCCGACGAAUCCAUUCUAGAUUACAUCAAGAGGUUCAAAGCAGAAAAGGCCAACAUCGUAGGGUUCGACGCAUCAUCUGCCUUCAAGAAAGAACGCUACGCGCUCUGGGAUGACGAUCGAAUUGCUGCGAAGAAGUCCACUGAGCAGGGAGAUCGGCAGACCAAGCGGGCGGGCCAAAGAAGCGAUGGAUUUAGCAACAAGAAUAAGGACAAGCGCAGGUCACACCCACAAGAGGACGCUAAGGCAGGAGAGAACUACACCAAGUUCACUAUCCCUAUACAUCAAAUCCUAGCCCAAGUGAAAAACAAACCUUGGGUAAGAAGACCGUCACCCUUGAAAGGAGAUCCAGACAGGAGGGAUACUAGCAAAUACUGUGCCUUCCAUGGGACGCAUGGACACACUACGAACAACUGCUUCGCUUGGAAAGCACACCUCGAAGAACUCGUUAGGGAAGGUCACUACACGGAAUUCAUCGCUAAGCAGGCCAUCCAACAGAUAAAGGACCGCGACACCGCCAAGGAGCCGCCCCAAAAGGUCAUAAGGAUUAACACAAUCCUAGCCGACUCCGAGGAAUCUGGGCUGACCAGCAAGGGAAAAAAAAGGAAUAUCAAACAAGCCACUAUGAUCUCCCAAGUCUCAACCGACCUUCCGCUAGCAGAAGACGAUCCUGUAAUAGGCUUCCAAAAGAAAGAUCUAAUUGUCCUUGAUCUACCACACAAUGACGCUCUUGUCAUCAGCAUUCAAAUCACUCAGGCCAUGGUCGAUCGAAUCCAUGCAGACGAGGGCAGCGCAGCCAACAUCCUACAAUUGACAGUUAUCCAACAGAUGGUUUUAAAAGUUGACUUUUUGACCGGGAAGGAAUUUGAGGAUUCCAGUUGUACCGAUGCGUAG